AUGCGAUCCUGUCGUUCUGCUUCUACUGUGUGGACUCCUGCUACCUACCCUUCUCAUUUUCUGCUUCCUGCCCCAUCCUACCCUGCGCCGCGAUGGUAUCUACAUCAAAGAUGCUACGCAAAACAGGUUGUGCAAAGAAGCCCUAGGAAGAAAACUCUGGCUGUUCCUGCAGAGGCUCGUUUCAACGAGAUAGGUGUACAGCAUCUAAGCAGUCAUGUCCACGCGCAAGUCUUCCCAGGCAAGGGAACCUCCCCUCCUGAAGAGCUCGUGAACCUGUCGAAGAAACAUUUAGCGCAGCAUGACUUGCUGGGCAGAAAUGAAGACACCAGCACUCCUGUCGCUUUCGAUCUUCCACCUAUCCAGGGAGCAACCCUUGAUGAGCACUUUCAUAGACUGGGUAUGGAUAUUGCAGAACCAUAUCUGACUAUGGCAAAGAAGUAUGCGUAUGCAAACUCUCCACCUCGGCCUCGAAAAUGGUUGAGUCGCAGCGGUUGGACAAAGUACAACAGCGACGGAACAACAGAAGCAGUCGAUGCGCCGAAUGAAUCUAUGCUCACAUUUGACGUAGAAGUCAUGUAUAGACAAACGUCUUUCGCAUGUAUGGCAUGUGCCGCUAGUCCCACAGCAUGGUAUGCAUGGAUAUCACCCUGGUUAUUGAAAGAAUCAAAGACAGACCGCCACUUGAUACCCCUUGGAGAUCCAGACAAGCCUAAGAUUGUUAUUGGACAUAACGUUGGAUAUGACCGAGCACGAGUGGCAGAGGAGUAUACUAUCAAACAAUCGAAGACGUUUUUUAUAGACACAAUGUCUCUGCACGUUGCCACCAACGGAAUGUGCUCACGGCAGCGGCCGACAUGGAUGAAACACCAGAAGAGCCGGGAACUUCGAGAUAAGAUCGCAGGCUCAGACGAUGGUACGGAACUGGCUAAUCUGUUAGAAUCGAAUAAAUUCACUGAAGAAGAGGAAGAAUUGUGGGUCAGCAAAAGCUCCAUUAAUUCACUUCGCGAUGUUGCAAAAUUUCAUUGUAACAUAACGAUUGAUAAAGCUCAGCGCGAACACUUUGGAGAACUGGAUCGGGACGGCAUUGCUAGAAGAUUGGAUGAAUUACUAGACUACUGUGCCGCGGACGUCCAUAUUACGCACAGAGUGUUCCACAAGGUAAUGCCUCAAUUCCUGGACACGUGUCCUCACCCUGUCAGCUUUGCAGCUCUCAGAUUCAUGGCCUCGGAGAUUCUACCCAUCAACGGGACCUGGGACGCAUACAUUUCUAAUGCCGAGGCGACGUAUCUCAAACGCUCUAACGAUGUGCAAGCUCGGCUUAUUGAGCUUGCAGACAAAGCUCUAAGUAUUAAGGGAGACCCCAAACAAUGGGAGCAUGAUCCCUGGCUAGGACAGCUUGACUGGUCUGGACAGGACAUCAAGAUGGUCAAGGGCAAGAAGAAGAGUGACCCUCCACGACCUGCUGCACGACAGAAAUUGCCAGGUAGACCUAUGUGGUACAAGGACUUGUUUGCUAAGAAAGAUGGACCCAUCAAUUUGACAGUCCGUACUCGCCUGUCUCCUAUCUUGCUUCGCCUGGCUUGGGAUGGCUACCCAUUGUUUUGGUCAGAUAAGUAUGGCUGGACAUAUCGUGUCCCUGUAGAAGAGGCUCAGAAAUACUUUGAUGCCAGCUUGAGUGGAUGUGACAUGUCUCAAGAAACGAGCAUGACUCGCAGAGACGACAGGAAGCAUAUCUACUUCAAAUUACCCCACAAAGACGGGCCACUUGCGCGUUGCGCAAACCCUCUUGCUAAGGGUUAUCUCCAGUAUUUUGAGCAAGGCAGACUGUCUUCCGAAUUUCCAUUGGCGAAAGAAGCUUUGGAGAUGAACGCGUCUUGUUCGUACUGGGUCAGUGCUAGAGACCGUAUCAUGUCUCAGAUGGUUGUCUACAAAGACGACAUAAUCCGUGCCACUGGUGGUAAACCAGUGAAGAAAGCCGAGAAGAAGCUCGGCUUCAUUCUACCUCAGGUCAUCCCGAUGGGUACCAUCACUCGCAGAGCAGUGGAGAACACGUGGCUCACGGCCAGUAAUGCCAAGAAGAACCGUGUCGGAUCUGAAUUAAAAUCGAUGGUUCAGGCCCCACCAGGUUACUGUUUCGUGGGUGCGGACGUGGAUUCCGAGGAGCUUUGGAUUGCAAGCCUGGUUGGAGAUGCGCAGUUUCAACUCCAUGGGGGCAAUGCACUUGGGUUUAUGACACUCGUCGGCACUAAAGCAGCUGGGACUGACUUGCAUUCGCGGACGGCUAACAUUCUUGGGAUAUCGCGUAACGACGCGAAGGUAUUCAACUAUGGACGAAUAUACGGGGCUGGAUUGAAGUUUGCGUCACAGUUACUCAGACAGUUCAAUCCAGGGUUGGGUGAACAAGAAACAAACUCUACUGCUAGAAAGCUGUAUGAGGAGACCAAAGGAGCGAAAACCACGCGCAAGGUAUUGAAUGACAGACCGUUCUGGCGUGGCGGAACGGAGUCAUUUGUCUUCAAUAAGCUGGAGGAUUUCGCUGAGCAGGAGCGACCUCGUACACCGGUCCUCGGCGCAGGUAUCACUGAAGCACUCAUGCGACGUUAUCUGAGCAAAGGUGGCUUCAUGACUUCAAGGAUUAACUGGGCUAUCCAGUCAUCCGGAGUCGAUUAUCUUCAUCUCCUUAUAGUCUCUAUGGACUAUCUUAUUCGACGGUUCGAUCUUGAUGCACGUCUUGCAAUUACUGUUCACGACGAGAUCCGCUACAUUUCUAGCGUUCGAGACAAAUACCGGACCGCGAUGGCUCUUCAGGUGGCUAAUAUAUGGACACGUGCUAUGUUCAGCCAACAGGUGGGUAUGGAUGAACUGCCCCAGGCCUGUGCCUACUUUUCUGCGGUGGAUAUCGACCAUGUGCUACGUAAAGAGGUCGAUAUGGACUGUAUCACUCCAUCCAAUCCUAUCCCUAUCGCCCCAGGCGAAAGUGUUGACAUUGAGACACUCCUUGCGAAGGGUGAAGAAGCAUAUCUUGACCCUCUAGUAGAGCCUCGCCUCCCUCUGGAUCUCUCGAAAUACACAUACGUUACACGCACGCCAGUCAUGACAGACAUGAUCGCUGAUAAUUCCCUUGCUUUUCUCAAAGCUCAAACCACCAGCGACGACAAAGAGUUGCGAGACAUCGUAAAACAGGUUCAGCCCCCGCGGGCCAUCCGCAAAAAUGUAGAGAAAAGAACGGAGACUUCUCGCCCUCACUACCAUCCACAACAAGCCAAAAUGAAGCAAGUUGACGAAGCGUGGACGAUGCGUCGCUAUGCUCAGAAGUGGGAGCCGAAGAAGAACCAGACUUGGACGCAUCUGCAAUCCCCGAAUUUAACUGGUCGUUCCUCGUUUAGGGUCUGA